AUGGACCCCUUCGAAGUGCGCAUGCGCUUCACGACGCUCCUCUCCCACCUAAGCGCCUCGCACACCUCGCUGCAAAAGGCCGCCGUAUUCGCGCUCAAGAACCGCGAAAUGGACGAGGACCUGCACUCGUGCAUCCUGGAGCAGCUGGAGCGCAACAGCAUGAACAACCGCGCGAACAUCAUGUUCUUCAUCGAGUGCCUGUGCGAGAUGGCGAGCAAGGAGGGCGCGGUGGAGUUCGUGCGUAUGAUGCAGCGGGAUAUAUUGAGGGUGGUGGAGGCCGUGGUGCCUGGGGAUGGGUCGGGGGCUGCGAAUGUGAAGGUCGUUAGGAAGGUUCUGCAGGCGCUGCAGAUGAAAGAGAUUCUUCUUCCUGAGACGGUGAGCGAGCUCGAGGCGGUGCUUAAGUCGCGGGAUAUCGCGCCUAGUCAUCCGUUCAUUGCGGAUACGCCGAAUGGGACGGUGACGGGGGUAAGGGGAGCGGUACGGAAUGGAAGCGCCAGGCUGGAUAAGAGGCAGAUUGAGCAGCGGAUCGAGGAGGAUCGGGAGAGGCAUAAGAGGCUGAGGGAGAGUAUCUGGGCGGUGCCGGGGGAGGAGGAGAGGGAGAUGGAGAGGCUGUGGGAGGAGGCGAGUGAUGUUGCGGAGGAUGACUAUGUGGGGGGUGAGGAGGAUGGGGUGGAGAGGAGGGAGGCUGUUGCUUUUGGGUGA